AUGAUGGCUAAUGACUUGCGGCUUGUAACCGUCUUCCAAAGGAAACUAAUUCCGAACAAUGAAACUAUUCAAGAAGUUGCUGUUGGUAUGGUUCAACCAUCAGCAGACCCAGUGAUCAAGAAAUCUUCUUAUGCUGAUAUAUUGAAGACUAAGUCAGAUAAGAAAGUCCCAAUGAAGCAAAUCGUGAGCAAUGAACGCACUCUACCCCUACCUGAAGACUUAGCUAACCAAAGUCUGCUCGGCGAUAUCAGACGUGAGGUAGGCAAAUAUUAUGGUACUGAUGUAUAUGAGAUGUAUGUUAGCCUAGAUAAGAUCUAUAACAAGUUGCUGAAGUUGGGAGUCUCACCGAGCUGGGAAAAUAUAAAAGCGGUGCGAGAAAACAAGGCUGCAUUGAAUAGAUUGGUUCAUGAUGAGGAAUUGAAAUACUACGAGAAAGCCUCCCAACGAGCACCCACUCUUGCUGUAGAAAUCCCCGCUGAAGUGGUGGUGCCUAGACCAGAGAAUAGUUUCAAGCGUUGGGCUCGUAGGGCUGGAUUACCGGAAAUCCCAGCAGAUAAGCUGUUUUUAGCAGAGCACCCUGGCAUCUUGAUCAAAUGUAGGAUCAUCCGUGUUGUGAAGCGUGCAUUAUGGAUCUUAGAUCAUACACGGGAGAAUCCUAGGCGAAUCUAUCGAACUUAUUUGGAAAAGUACUUAUCUUGGGUCUCAGCAUGGGAUUCUCAUUACUUCGAUCAUUUUAAAGGUAACCAUAUACCGCAUAUCCCUAUUAGGUAUGUGAAUGCGAUUGUGGAAAAAGGACCACUCAAGAAAAUUUGGUUUGGGUCGGCCACCGCAUUACGUAUCUUUGAAUUGGUGACUUUAGAGGAUCGUUGGGACAAGAAUUGCAUGCUUUUGGUCUUUGCUUACCAUACUGAUGUUAGCAUACAAGCACGAGCUAUAUCAGUAUUAUCAUCUAUAACGCAUUAUAUGGCUAGAUCUAUCAUGUGGGCUACAAAGAAAAGAUCUGAUUUACCCAUCCUGCGUAUUAGUGAUAGCGUGAGUUUAUCGGCAUAUUAUGACGUAGAUGUUAUCAGAGGCCGUAUGUCCGAUUGUUUUGACAGGAUAUUGAUCGGCCAGAACGUAUUGCCGGUAUAUUUCGCCACGCGGUUCAAGAACAACGACCAUGCGGCUUGGUUGAGUGCUUUAUUGAAGCAAGUUAAGAUCUCAACUAAGGUACAGGGAUCUGCUGUUAAUUACCUUCCCAAAUCGUAUCGUAGAAGUUUAGGAAUAGAUGUCUUUUGCUAUUACACCGGGGUGAGACGUGAGAAUUUGUUUAAGCAUAGAUUUAGGUGUGAUCGAGAAUUGCUUAGCAGAUUCUUGGAAGCAGGGGACGUCCACCCAAAUCCAGGGCCCGCCCUCCGUUUAUCUAUUAUGAGGCGACGUUUGAGGGGAUUAUUUCGUAGAAGACAGAGCCCUAAUUUGGAGAGUGCAGAUGAGGAGAACACAAUGAGACCUCUCGCAAAUCCCGAAGUAUAUUACGCCAAUUUGUCCUGGCGUAAUCGAAUGCUGACAUACGAUGACGAAGGAUUGUGUUUGGAUAUAGAUCCUAUGUUCGUGGUCGGCAACCGGGUUGAGGGGUCAUUAUCUUCUGACCUGACGGGAGCAUGUACUAGUGUAUACAGGUCAUUUGCCUCUCAUGUGGUCACUGUGUUUGGGGACAUCUCUUCAGAACGGGAAGGUUCAAUAUGGAUUGAGAGAACUUUCUUACCUGAAGUGUUAUUUUGCCCCAGCAGUCGGUCAUCAGUCGAUGGCCCAAUGGAGACUACGAGUGUUUCAGAAGUUCGGGAAACUUCUGAGAUAAUAGAAUUAGGUGCAGAUGGGGACCUCAAUCAAGAAUUUGAUGUCAGCUUACCAUCAUGCGAUAUGCCUGAUGACCCACCCAAGGAACCUUUCUUAGCGGGGUUUUUAAAACCCAGAUUUGUGUCAGACCCGAUGCACAUUGAGGAAAUUUACAUAAGAAAGUUUAAUGCUCAGGGAUGUCAUGUGUUCAGGGACCCAGAUUUCGUGCAGAGGAUAAAUUCAACUUAUAAGCCCAUGAAACUGGGGUUCUGGCGUAGCUGGAGGUGCUUACGUGAUAUUACUUGGAGAGGCUGGUUCAAUAAUCACUUCUUUGAUCUUUUUUUGGAAGAUCGAGAUCCGCUUAUGAAUGUCAAAUUGAAUAAGUUAACAGCUGCUCAAUUGGCUAGGAGGAUCAAGGAACAUCCCGACGAUCAGCAAGUGUCGAUUGCUCUGUGCAGGAUUUUGAAACGGACAGAAGUGGUAACCCACUUCUAUGUCGUAAGCACAGCUAGACACUUGGGCAAUGUCAGAUGUAAGCUCGCUCGUUACGGUGUUAACAAACAUCACAUGGUAUGUAGCAUGGAUAUAUUAUAUGAUGAAGUUGUCCCUUUAAUGCUGGCGCGGAGCGCUGUCGAUACAUUCAGGGGCCAUGAUUUCAGAGCCAAUGUGAAUAGGGUCAUGUCAGUACAAGGUUCUUGGAGGGAAAUGCUGGGUGAGGAUGAUGAUUUCUCAUACCAGCAUAGGAACAGAGCUCUCACUCUAGCUUAUACUUUAGCUAGAUUGAAUCAGGCUACUACGUCGGAGAUGGGAAAUUGGUGA